GGUCCGAAGCUGUUAAAGCUGUCAUAUCGCUAAGAGAAGAAGAACUGGAAGGGGUCAAAUCUGGUGUUUCACUAGACAUAGCUGUUUUGACAAAUACUGUAUGUAACACUAAAUCCCUUAAAAUGUUGAUACAUAAAAAGAAAUUCACACACACUUCUCAAAAUGGUUGA